UUCAUUCAGCCUUGACCACAUUCAAAUAUGGCAUUUCGACAACUGGGUAAAUUAUCACCGCAAGUAUUAACAAUGACGGGUUCCACUAACCUCGUAUUCCGAUUAUCUCGUGCUUCUCUGCAUAUUCAGUCGAACGCGUUAUACUCUGAUUCUCAUCGUCCAUCGAAAAAGCCGUUAACUGCUCGAGAAAUUGAACAACUCAGUGGUCAAUUGCCACACUUUAUAUUUUUAUUAGUUCGAUGGUGGUAUAAGAUAAGACCGUUGAAAGUCGAACUAGCAGAUCUACGUCGUCGACUACAACGAAAUAAAGAAGGAUUCGAGACAAAACUUCAUUCACAGACACGUUAUUUUGUGAGAUUUCCAUUUUUAACAGAUGAAGAAUUCUCUAAUUGGAUUGUUACAACAGAUAGUUCAUCGAAUGAAGGUUAUUCAUGGGCAGAAUUUGUACGAUCGAAUAGAUCAGCUCCAGGUUGUGCUAAAGCACUGGGUAUGAAUGAAAGUGUUUAUCCAGAUGAAACAAAUUCAAAGAUACAGACUAUUUCAUCAUUCGAUGAUACUAACAAGGAUCAUUCAUUUGGUUACACUAAUCCAGUAGUUUACCCAAAAUUAUCAUUUCGACCUGCAAGUAAACAGGCUACAUCUGAUGCAGUUGUAACAACAUCAACUGAUUCAUUGUUUAAAGGUUAUGGACAUUUUCGUGGUUUUAUUAGUACACGUGUACCUAAACGCGGGGAUCUUGUUCGUGCUGGUUUUGCAAGUCUUACAAGUCCAGAGAGUAGAUUAUUUGGAUUUGUACUACCUUAUGGUCUUCAAGCUUAUUCACAUAUGGUAAUCAGAUAUCGUGGAGAUGGUAGAAAUUAUCAAAUUGUUGUCCUGCCUCGUCCAAAAUGGGAUUUUGAUCAAUUCAGUGGACAUCAAUUCACUUUGUAUACACGAGGUGGACCAUAUUGGCAAAUUGCUAAAAUCCCAUUAUCGAAAUUCUAUCGUACUUAUACAGGUUUUGUGCAUACAAGACAAUCACCUAUUAAUACGUUAAAUAUGCGUCUUAUGUCAUUCACCCUAAUGGAUAACAUUGAAGGUCCAUUUAGCCUAGAAUUGGAUUAUAUUGGUUUUUAUUAUGAUAAUGAACAAAGUGAUGAAUUUGAUUAUGAAAAGUAUAGUAAAUCAGGAAUGAUGCAAUAACUGUUUACUUAUUUUUCUAAUUAUUAAACUUUUUUCCAAACUAUUCUUCUUCUUAUUCCUCUUUCUAUGUUUUAUUACAAUUGUGAAAAUCUUCUUUGUGUACAGAUUAAUAAGAUAAAAUC